AUGGCCGAGGCAGCGGAGCUGGAGGGAGGGCCCCCAGGCCCCCAGGGGCCGCCCGAGGCCCCAGCGCCUGUGGCGGAGAGACCCGGUGAGCCGGGAGCCGCGGGCCGGGAGGCGGAGCGGGAGGAGGCCAGCGAGGGAGCCGCGGAGGCGCCGAGGGGCGAGGGGGCGGGCGCAGCCGCGACGGCCGCGGUGAACCGGGCAGAGAGCCCCGACCCGGACGGAGGGCGCGCGGGCGAGCGGGAGCCCGGCGCGGACGGUGGCCCGGCGGCCGAGACGCGGGGCGCGAGGGCGGCGCAGGGGGAGGCGGAGGCCGAGGAGGGCGCCCCGGGGUGCGCCGACGGCCCGCAGGGAGAGGAGGGGGCGAGCGGCGGGGAGCAGGUGGAGGACGCGAGCCCCGGACGCGGCGCGCAGGGUGAGGCCGCGAUGGAGGUUCAGGGGGAGCCCGGGGAGCCCGAGGCCCCCGGGGCGGAGGAGAAAGCGGAGCGAGGGCCGGAGGAACCGGGAGGCAGCGCGCCGGGGGCGCAGGGGCCCGGCAUGGACGCAGCGGGGCAGGCGGGAGGGGCGCACGGGACCCAGGGUGAACCCUGGGACGGAGGGGACCGCAGCCCCCAGCCCCAGGCCGAGGCCACGGAGGCCGCGGCGGCGGAGAUUGGCGGGUGCGGCCCCGGGGAGCUGGCAGGGGAGCCUCGGGAUGCAGCGGCGGGGCCUGCCGACGAGGCGGGGGCCCCGGGGACAGAGGAGUCGGAGGAAGCGGCCCCCGGGGACGCGAGGGCGGAAGCCGUCGAGGAAGGGGACCAGGGUGGACCCCAGGAGGAGAUGGAGGAGGCAGAGGAGGAGAGGCGAGAGCGCAGCCCGGAGGGGGCGGGCGAGGAGGAGCCCCCCGACAGCAGCAGCUCGCAUCCAGAGGCGGCUGCGCCGACCGGGGCCGCGGAGCCGGAGGCCGAGCUCAGCAACCACCUGGCGGAGGAGAGCAGCGUCGAGGGCGCGGACGAGACCGCGCGGGUGAACGGCCGUGGGGAGGACGGCGAGGCGUCUGAAGAGGGGGCCCCGAGACAGGAGCACGACAUCACCCUCUUCGUGAAGGCAGGACAUCCUGGGGAGAAUUUUUCCCACACUCCCAUCUCUAAAGCCCUAUUUAGGCUUUUGUGGAAAGCUGGUGCAUUGUUCUCUGUAACAUGUAAUUGAUUCUCACCCAACCUGAAGAGGAAACCCGCAGACCUGCAGAACCUAGCCCCCGGAACAAACCCUCCCUUUAUGACUUUUGAUGGUGAAGUCAAGACGGAUGUGAAUAAGAUCGAGGAGUUCUUAGAGGAGAAAUUAGCUCCCCCGAGGUACCCUAAGCUGGGGACCCAACACCCUGAAUCUAACUCUGCAGGAAAUGACGUGUUUGCCAAAUUCUCGGCAUUUGUAAAAAACACCAAGAAGGAUGCCAACGAGAUUUAUGAAAAGAACCUGUUAAAGGCUUUGAAGAAGCUGGAUGAUUACUUAAAUAGCCCUCUGCCUGAUGAAAUAGAUGCCUACAGCACUGAGGAUGUUGUCGUUUCUGGAAGGAAGUUCCUGAAUGGGGAUGAGCUCACGUUAGCCGACUGUAACCUCUUACCCAAGCUCCACAUUAUAAAGAUCGUGGCCAAGAGAUACAGAGAUUUUGAAUUUCCUUCUGAAAUGACUGGCAUCUGGAGAUACUUGAACAAUGCUUAUGCUAGGGACGAGUUCAUGAAUACGUGUCCAGCCGACCAGGAGAUUGAACAUGCAUAUUCAGAUGUUGCAAAAAGAAUGAAGUGA